AAUUCAUCUCCAGUUCACCAGUGCGGCUUUAGAUUUAGUUCCUUUAGUGUGUAUGUUACGAAAAUGAAGGGAAUCUUGUUAUAUUUAUUAUUACUGGUCAGUUAUGUAUACAGUGCUCAAGUUAGGGUAGAUCCAUUAGUUUUAAUAAGUAGCCAAGGAUUAAUCAGAGGUCAUGCGGCGACCGAUGGAGAUUAUUCAAUAUUUUUAGGUAUACCUUAUGCUCAAGUGGAUGAAACCAACCCGUUCGGUCCUGCAUUAGAUCCCCCCCCUUUUCACGAAAUAAUCCAUGAUGCAGUGGACUCCGUCAAGUGCCCUCAAGCUUAUUCUUCAUCUAUUGGAGAAACUAUGUUGGACUGUUUACGAUUAAAUAUUUACGUACCUAGCCAAGCCCAUUCGAGAAAUCCUUUACCCGUUCUGGUAUGGAUACAUGGAGGAGACUUUGCCACGGGAAGUGCUGGUGAUUACGGCGUACGGAACUUAGUAAGACAUGGCGUUGUUGUGGUAACUAUGAAUUAUCGUUUGGGGCCUUAUGGUUUUAUGUGCCUCAACAUCCCAUCAAUGCCUGGUAACCAAGGUCUUAAAGACCAGUUCGAUGCACUUCGCUGGAUCAGGAAGAACAUAGCUUCCUUUGGUGGUAAUCCUUACAAUGUCACGAUAGCUGGUCAAGACGCAGGUGCUACUUCUGCUUUAUUACAUCUAUAUUCGGAUUGGGAUAAAUUGUUCCACAAAGUUAUAAUUGAGAGUGGUACUCCACAAAGCGAAGGCAUGUUUGUGAAUGCAGAUAUUGAUGCUGCGCUCAAGCUGGCAGAAUACUUGGGUUUCAACACAAGCGAUACUGAGGACGCACUACAGUUCCUUGGUAAAUCAUCACCUGACUUGGUAACAGGAGCAGCUGUGGAUUUAGGCUUGCAGUUAAGACCAUGUACGGAAAGAUUUUUUAGUGGCAUCAGCAACUUGGUGCAAGACAAUCCAUAUUCAAUGUCAAAUAAGGGGAAAGUAGCAAAUACCGCGAUCUUAAUCGGUAAUACGAAUAAAGAACUGAAUUCGCUGAGUGGUGACUAUUUUAAUUCGGAUCCAUUUUACGUGAAGAUUAGAAACAAUUUUGAUCUCGAAGAACAUCAGUUUGUCCAAGCAGCAACGAAUGUAAGACAUUUUUACAUCGGCGACCAGCCAAUAUCUCCUGAAGUUUCGUCAGAAUUAGAAGAUUUUGAAACUGAUUUUGUGUAUAACCAUCCAUCUCAGCGUGUUAUUACUCGCUUAUUAGAAGAUAACGCAGGAGCAAUCUAUGAGUAUCUAUUUAGCUAUAUUAGCAAUUCUGAUGCGGACGGCGCGGGGCAUUCAUCUGAACUAAAUUAUUUAUUUGAAGUUGGAGGGAAUUUGCAAAGGACGAAGGAAGACCAGUUGAUUGUGGAUCGCAUGACUACUUUGUGGACAAAUUUCAUUAAAUUUGGAAAUCCAACACCACGAACAUCAGAACUAGUGCCAGUGGCUUGGAAACCAGUCACGGCAUCCACAAGACCAACCAUGAUCAUCGAUACAAACCUCCGAUUAGAUAGUAGGGUAGACCAACAGAGAAUGGCCUACUGGGACCUAUUCUACACAAUGUAUGGAAGAUACAACAACAUCGCGCGAAGUGUUUGUACUAUAGUUUAAAAUAUAAGAGAAAAUUAUGCAAUUUUCGUGUAUAUAGGUGAAGAAAUGUUUGUUGAUAAAAGAUAAA